AUGGAACAGUCCCUGGAGGACGGGGAUGAGUCCCCAGACUCCCAGGGCCACGCCACCGAUUGGCGAUUCGCUGUGUGCAGUUUUGUGGAUGCCUGGGAAGAGGAGGAGCUCACCCCACACGGGGAGGUGACAGACCCUAAUACACCAAGAGCAGGGAACGCUCAGGGGGAAGGGCCACAGGGCAUCCCACCUCCCAGGGAGCUUCAGCCACGGCUAGAACUGGUGACUCUAGACGGGUCCGGGGAUGGCCCAAAGGGCACAACACCAGGGAGUUCUGCAGCCCAGUCAGAGGAUCCACAUCCUUAUGGAGUGGAGAGCCCCCUGUGUCCUGCGCCCUCCCACCUCAGCCUGGUGGAGGGUGUGAGUGACAGUCAAGGGAGAGACUUGACAGGGAGCCCAGUUUCAGAUGACACCCUAGUGACAGCCAGCCUGGGCCCGGAGGACUUGGAUAGCGACUCUGUGGUCCUUGGAAGCCCUUUAUCACAGACAGCAGAGCUGCCAGAGGCAGAUCUCAGCAGAUCCCAUCCUGUCAAGCUUACUAAUUGUCUCCUGAUCCAAGACCUUGAUUUUGAGCUGCUGGCCAGCGGCAUGGCCACCUUGCCAGGGACUCGGGACACACAAGGCCGGGCAGUGCUGCUUCUGUGCGCCCACAGCCCCGCCUGGCUUCACCCCAAGUGUAGCAGCUAUGAGCUCGUCCGCCUUCUGCUCUACCUGCGAAGCAUCCCCAGGCCCAAAGUACAGGCCCUGGGAUUGACCGUACUGGUGGACGCGCGCACCUGCUCCCCAAACUCUUCCCUUUUCCAGGGGCUUAGCCAGCUGCAGGAGUCAGCUCCAGGGUCCGUGCAUCAGGUGCUGCUGAUGGGAAAGGUGCCAGAGGAAGUGCCCUCGGGUCUUCAGCUCGAGCGGGUACCCUCUCAACAGAGCCUGCUCACCUACAUCCCUGCUGCCGAGUUGCCCGAUUCGUUGAAAGGAGGCCUGUCUUACUGCCAUCAGACCUGGCUAGACUUCCGGAUGCAUCUAGAGGCCCUGCUAGAGAGCUGCCGGGUGGUCGGCGCCCUGCUCCAAGGGGCCAUUGAAAGCAUGAAGGCAAUUCCCAGGCCCACGGAGUCCAGGGAAGUCAGCCAGCUGCUCCGGCAGGCACAGGUCCUGAUGCAGCAGGUGCUCCGCUCACCACGGCUGACGUGGCUACAGUGUCAGGGGAGCUUGGAGCUGGCGUGGCUGAAACAGCAAGUCCCAGAGGUGACCUUGAACCCAGACCAUAGGCUGGCAGUGGAUGAGGUCGACAAGCUGUACAAUCAUGUGGAUGAACUGCUGCAUCAGCUGACGUUGCAGAGCAACCGGCGAGUCCAGGCUCUGGAGUUGAUACAGAUGUUGGAGACCCAGGAGGACACACUGCACCAGAUUGAAAUAUGGCUGCAGCAGGUGGGCUGGCCGGCACUGGAGGAGCCAGGGGAAUCCUCGCUGGACGUGCUCCUCCAGGCCCACGGCCCUUUUCAAGAGCUGGACCAGGCUGCCCAGGAGCAUAUCAGGCAAGGGGAGAGGAUUCUACAGCCACUGGCUGCCUGGGAAGCUGCCGAACUCGGCUCCCCGGGAGCCCGCUUCCUGGCCCUGCAAGCCCAGCUGACUGCGUUCUCCAGGGCUCUGGCUCAGUGGCACCAGCGGCUGGCAGAUGCUGAGAGACUGCAGCAGUUCUUCAAGCAGGCCUCGACAUGGGCAGAGGAGGGCCAGCGGGUGUUGACAGAGCUGGAGCUGGAGGCCCCCAGGGUCGUGUUGCAGCAGCUGCAGCUGCACUGGACCAAGCACCCUGACCUGCCUCCUGCCCACUUCCGAAAGAUGUGGGCGCUGGCCACGAGUCUGGGCUCAGAAAGCAUCCGCCAGGAGUGCCACGGGGCCUGGGCACGGUGCCAGGACACUUGGCUGGCCCUUGACCAGAAGCUCGAGGCUGCACUAAAAGCUCUGCCCACAGGCAGCAGGAGUAGCCUCUGUGUCAGCCGGGUCCGCUUGGCACCCACUACCCCUCCUCUGAGGAAGGCAUACAGCUUUGAUCGGAAUUUGGGGCAGAGCCUCAGUGAGUCUGCCCACCGCUGCCAACUUCCCUCCACUGUAGCUCCCUGCCACAGACCAGAUGCUGGAGAAGGUUCCCUGCCUGCAUCAACUCCCCCUGUACCUUCACCAGGCAGCUCUGACCCCAGGUGUUCCAACAGGCUACAGCUGGUGCUGGCAGAGAUGGUGGCCACAGAGCGGGAAUAUGUCCGUGCCCUUGACUAUACCAUGGAGAACUACUUUCCCGAGCUAGAUCGCCCCGAUGUGCCCCAGGGCCUCCGAGGCCAGCGUGCCCACCUCUUCGGCAAUCUGGAGAAGUUGCGGGACUUCCACCGCCACUUCUUCCUGCGGGAGCUGGAGGCCUGCACCCGGCAUCCGCCCAGAGUGGCCUACGCGUUCCUGCGCCACAGGGUGCAGUUUGAGAUGUAUGCGCUUUACAGCAAGAAUAAGCCUCGCUCUGAUACCCUGAUGACCAGCUAUGGCCACGCCUUCUUCAAGGAUAAGCAGCAAGCGCUGGGGGACCGCCUGGACCUGGCCUCUUACCUGCUGAAGCCCAUCCAGCGCAUGAGCAAGUACGCGCUGCUGCUGCAGGAGCUGGCCAGGGCCUGUGGGGGGCCGCUGCCCGAGCUCAGCGCCCUGCAGGCUGCCCAGAGCCUCGUGCGCUUCCAGCUGCGCCAUGGCAACGACCUGCUGGCCAUGGACGCCAUCCAGGGCUGUGACGUUAACCUCAAGGAGCAGGGGCAGCUGGUGCGACAGGAUGAAUUCACGGUGCGCACCGGGCGCCGCAAGUCCCUGCGCCGCGUUUUCCUCUUUGAGGAGCUGCUGCUUUUCAGCAAGCCUCGCCGAGGACCCACAGGCACUGACACGUUCGCCUACAAACGCUCCUUCAAGACUGCAGACCUUGGCCUGACUGAGAGCUGUGGGGAUGGCAACCUGUGCUUUGAGAUCUGGUUCCGUCGUCGUAAGGCCAGGGACACCUACGUGCUGCAGGCCACCAGCUCAGCCACUAAACAAGCCUGGACGAGUGACAUCUCUCAUCUGCUCUGGAAGCAGGCUGUCCACAAUAAGGAGGUGCGCCUGGCUGAGAUGGUGUCCAUGGGUGUGGGGAACAAGGCUCUCCGGGACAUUGCCCCCAGCGAGGAAGCUAUCAACGACCGAACCAUCAACUAUGUCUUCAAGAGCCGAGAAGUUCGCUCUCGGGCCUCCAUUGCUGUGGCCUCACCUGACUCUGACAACCCCUACCUGGGGGCCUCCAGCUCCUUUCUUGGAGACCCCGCCUCUUCCUCUGUCCUGGGACCUCUCAACCUGCACCUGUACAGAGAUCUGACUCUGCUAGGCCCUCACUGCCCUCAGGGUCCCACCAUCUUCCCUGAGGAGGCAGCGCUGGAGGCUGAGGCAGAGUUGGGCAGCCAGCCCUCCUUGACUCCUGAGGACUCAGAGGUCUCCUCCCAGUGCCCAUCAGCCAGUGGCUCCAGUGGCUCUGACAGCAGCUAUGUGUCAGGGCAGGCCCUGGGCAGGGGCCAUGAUGACCUGUCCUAUAAAGACAAUUGA